GUCCAAUCAAGGUCAUUAGAUGGCCAUGGCGGUUAAACUAAGCACUUAUUGGAUACUUUUGUUUCAAUUUUCUCUUCUGUCUCACUGCUACUUAGCAGAUUACUCCAAUGUCAUAGUGGAAAAAAUGUUGCCGAAGCUAACAACGGUUGGCAGUUCAACGUAUUUCGCCUGCAGUGCCUUGCAAGGCAAAAACGUACAAUUUUCAUGGACGAAAAACGGUCUGUUGCUUAAGCCAGACGCCGACAGUCGUAUAGAGAUUAUGAAUACGCGAAAAGUAUCUACUCUUUCUAUCGAUGAUGUUUUGUGGGAUGAUCGGGGAGAAUAUACCUGUGUGGCUAAUAAUGACGGGACUGAAGAUCGAACCUCAGCUGUGCUUACUGUUCAAGAUCGCAUUAAAAUUGAACCGUUGCGAUCGAAGCAGUCGACAGCUGGCAAACGAAUUGCAUUUACAUGUAACGCCAUCGAAGGAAACCAUGUUCGAUUUUCAUGGACGAAAAAUGGAAAAGUGAUUUAUCCCGGAGCACGAAUUAGCAUCAUGUCCGGCGAUGAGAUGUCGGCGUUAACAAUUAAAAGUGUCAACACAAACGACAGUGGAGAAUACACCUGUAUCGCCAGUAAUGAUGCCUCCGAAGAUCGAAGUUCAGCUAAACUAAUAGUUGAAGGUUACUUGUGUCGAGAGUAUCGUGCUACAUAUGAUGUUCGAAUCUUACUGCUCCUAGCCAGUUAUGACUCAGGCGUUUUGGAACUCAAAAUGCGAUUCCUACACCCGCAAUUACAUCAUUGUCCUACCCUUGUGAAAUGCCGUUGUUCCGUCCUGUACUUUUUAGUGUUCGUGUUGUGGCAAUUUAUUGCUUUAGGAGUUACCGCAAAUUCCAAACCGGAUCGAGUCAAAAUCGAGCCACUUAGAUCGAAGGAAGCGAUAAUUGGAAGGCGCGUCGCGUUCACCUGUAACGCCUUUGAAGGCGAGCUAGUUCGGUUUUCCUGGACGAAAAAUGGGAAAAUUAUUUACCCUGGGGGUAGGAUGACUAUUUUAUCUGGUGCAGAAACGUCGACAUUCACAAUUAGAAGUGUUACCAGUGGUGACAGUGGCGAGUACACAUGUAUUGCCAAUAACGAUGUAUCGGAGGAUCGAAGUUCAGCUAAAUUGAUGGUUCAGGGUAACGUGGCACUCAAAUAUAAGAUUUAUAAAAAUAGGAAACUUAUAUAAAUACCUUGUGUUAUUGACACAUGCUGUCUCGGUAUAUGAAAGAACCAGAUAGGUUCAGCGGUGGCUGUUGGUGGU